GUGAGAGAGCGAGAGAGAGAGUCGGCGGUUUGUUCACAGGCGGGUCUGCGUUUAUUUUGUUUUAUCUGUUUUAUUGAUUUCUGACCGCAGUUACAGAGUUUUACAGCGCUGCAGUUUGGUACUAGAGCUGAUGUGUGUGCAAACGGACUUUUCUCGGAAUUAAGGAGCGCGGUGUCUGUGUGUGUUCGUUCCGCGGGAUGUGACUGCAUCCAAGCAGCACAGUCACUUCCUGUGCGCUGACAUGUUUCUGUGUUGGACGACAGAGCGAUGGUUGCCAUGGUGCCCAGAACCCUGCAAGAAUGCUGUUUGCUUUUGCUAACGAUAGACCCACCCUGCCCCACCCACCUGCUGUCAUCAGCCAGUCAGACUCCAUGGAAAACUCCUCCUCAUUGUCAUGGUGGGAGAACAGCAGCUCAUUGGUGCUCAGGACUCUCUGGGUAAUGCCCACUGCACAGAUAACAGAGCAGGCAGUGGUGCAGGAGGCAGGGCAGGAUGUUGGUGGGCGUGUCCUGAGCAUGCCUCUGCAGGUGUUCUUCAGCUUGCUGAUGGUGUGUGUGUUGUUGUUGGCGCUGUUUGGGAACGCAGUGGUGUGUGUGAUGGUGUACCGCCGCGCCGCCAUGCGCUCCGCCAUCAACUUCCUGUUAGCCAACCUCGCCUUUGCCGACAUGAUGCUGGCAGUCACUGCUGUGCCCUUCGACCUGGUCACCAUGGUGACGGCACAAUGGCUGUUUAGUGCCACCCUCUGCCGGGCGUCGGCCAUGUUCUUGUGGCUGUGUAUGUCGGUGGGCGUGGCCAUGCUGUUGGCAAUCAGCGUGGACCGUUUCCUGAUCAUCGUGCGGAGACGAGACUGUCUCACGCCACGUCGCGCCAAAAUCCUCAUCGCCGCUUCCUGGAUCUUCGCUUUUUUCAUAUCUUUCCCACUGUUGCUAGGAUACCCGUCGCUGCAGGUACCCCCUAGUGCACCACAGUGCGUGCUCAGCUACUCUUCCGACAGGGGUUACCAUGGAUAUGUGGUGCUCCUGGUCCUAGUGAGCUUCUUCAUGCCAUUCGCCAUGAUGGCGUGCGCCUUUGCUGCGACCCUGAGCUCCAUUAGGCACAACGUGCUUCGGAUCCGUUGCAACUCUGCCCUCUCCCUGCCUAAGCCCCGCCCCCUUCACCUGAGCGUGGAUGUGGGCUUUAAGACGCGAGCCUUCUUCACCAUCCUGCUGCUGUUUGUAUUGGCAUUCGCCUCGCUGGCCCCCCUAGUGGUGUUCAGCCUGUGUGCAGCGUUCAGCAGUGCUGUGUAUAACGGGGUGGGGUUUUUCCAGGUGAGUGCCUGGCUACUGAGCCUCAGCUUCCUGCGCCCUGCCCUCAACCCACUCAUCUACUACUGUCGCAUCAGGAAGUUCCGCCAUGCCUGUGCCCGCUGGGUGCCCUCCCUCUUCAAGCUCUGCCCACCACUGCCUAGCCACGCCCAGCGCAGGAUCCAGCCCAGUGCCAUAUACGCCUGCAGUGAACAUCACUCCAGCAUCUAACACACACACACACACACACUCAUACACACACACUAUAUGCUUUUACUGUGCCUGUAAUUCACUGUAUAAUCUAAUGAAGCUGUGUGUUUGUGUGUUUACUGUUGUUAUUUCCUGCUCCUGAGUUCUGUAUGUGUGUGUGGGGGGGGUGUGGAUAUUACACAGUGUGUAAAUUGUGGAAAUGUGCAAUACUGUACUGUUUGUUAAAUUUUUUCUCCACAAAAAUUUAAUUUAUAAAAAUCAUCUGUGUGUUUAUCUCUCUCUCUCUCUCUCUCUCUCUCAUGCGAACACGCACACACACACACACACACACACACAGAGGUGUUUUGUGUUUCCAUUGAAGUGGAAUGAUGUAGAAUUUAAAUUCACACUGACAGCUGAUGAUGUCAUAAUGGACAACCAAUCAGCAGCUUCAUUUUAAACUCACAUUCAGUUAAAUGUAAAUGCACUGUGUCUUUACACUGUCUGUAUAAAGUAACUUUAGGGUACAUGCUCACUAAAUUGUUAAGUUCAGUCAUUAGCUCAAGUGCAGCCUAGCAGAGGCGUUUACCAUGAGGGUGGAGUGUUAGCGGUAAAGCUAAAGGCCAAAACAUGCAGCACAUCUUACAUUCAUACAGGACUUUAUCAUGUUCAUGUACAAUCUUCCACACAGUUCACUCACACACACACUGGGAUAAAUGAGACCUGCUGAGACUAAUUCAUAAAAAACAGGUGAGAUACAGGAGGAUCAGGGGGCAUGGCCAGAGGAGAAGUGGAGAAACCAGGAAGUAAACCGGAAACAGUUAUUUUUGUAGAGUUUUAUGUGCAUUUAGUGUAUGUAUUACACAGGACAGAUUUUCAGCAUCACCCACACACUACUGACUGAAAUGUUUUUUUGUUUUGGUCAUGUGAUCAUGUGAACAUUUCUGCACACACUUUUCAUAUCUGUUACAGUGCUCACAUCCUUUUUCUGAGCUUUUAUAAAUCAACUCUUCAGUUUGAUCAAGCAUUGCUUUUUGUAUUGUUUUUUUAUUUUUAAGUUUGUUAAAGCGAUAGAAUAAUUAACUCAUCUGCCCUGUUUGUGUUUCUGUGUUUUAGUCGUAUUGAACACACGGAGAACCUCAGUGGGUCUCUCUAACACACACUGAUACUUAGCAACGAGAACAGCACCAAAACCGGUCUAUGGCGAGAAACUGUGUGUGUGUGUGUGUAUAUGGGCUAUAUGUAUACAUAUUAUACAUACACACACACUGAACACAGCUCUGUUAGUGUGUGAUGUUUACUGUGGCUCCUCUAACGACCCUGAUGAUGUCAUAAGGGGAUUCUUCUAAUGAGCAGCCCUUCUUCCUGAACUCUCAGCAGAGCUGAUUAGAGUUGUGUGUGUGUGUGUGGUGGUGGUGGGGGGGAUUAGGGUUGUGUGGGAUUAGGGGAGUGUGUGUGUGUGUGUGUUGGAGGGGGGUGUGUGGGCCUGGUGAAAACAUCUCAUUGUUUAUUGCACCUGGCCCACUUCAUGUCCACCUGGACACACACCUUCUCCUCAUGAUGAUUGGUCCAUCUCUCAAAUUACAUUUAUAUUUUGGGAAAUUUUCUAAUGUUAAAACACUGUUCUAUGCAGCACAUUUACAUUUUUUGUUUAUUAAAUAAUUACUGCAACAUU